AGCUCUCUGAGUCAGCAGACUGAGUAAAGAUAAAGGUGUCUUGGGUUUUAUGAUCCAAGAACAAGAAGCGCAGAAACCACAAAGGUUUUGACGCCACUAAGAGAGUCACAAUCUUCCUCAAUAGAUUCUUCUUCGUUCUUUUGAUCAGAUGGGAACUAUACUCCACCCUGACUGGACAGAGUUGACUCGGGAUUGUCUCAUCGACAUUUUCUCACGGCUGAGCAUGGGGAAAAGAUGGAACGGACCGAUGCUUGUCUGCAAGAAGUGGAUGAACGUAUGCCAAGACACGUCCCUCAACACUGUCUUGGAUCUCGAAGCUGAGUUUCUGUCCUCCACCGAUACAACAACCUACUGGUGGAGUCCUGAGUUCGAGGAAAAAGUUGACUCAACCAUCAGGUCUGCUGUGGAUCAGAGCCAGGGCGAACUCAAGGAGAUUCGAGUCAGGCAUUGCACUAAUCAAUCUCUCUCGUACGUCGCUGAGAGGUGUCCUAAUCUUGAGGUACUUUGGGUUAAGUAUAGCCCAAAGGUUAAUAUUGAGUCCAUGAGGAAGAUAUCAUUAAACUGCACUAAGCUUAAAGAACUUGACAUAAGCUGCUCUUAUGAAAUAUCUUGUGAGUGCAUGGAACUGGUGGGUACAAAUUGCAAGAAUCUUCAGGUCCUGAAACGGAACUUAAUGCAGCCUUCUGAGGUCACAAGGUUAAGGCGUUAUGCCUAUGUGAUCCAGCAGUAUCUAUCUUUCGAAACUCUAGGGAAUGUUGAUGCGUAUACGAUUGGGAGACACAUGCGUAAGCUGAAGCACUUGGAACUUAGAUACUCCACAUUGACUGAUAAAGCUCUUGCUCAUCUUUGUAAAAGGUGUUCGAAUCUAGAGUACAUGGACUUAGUGGGGAGUAUGUACUUGACUAGCGUUGGUGUUAGUACUGCUACCUCGAGCUUGAAGAAUUUGAAGGAGAUCAAGAAACCAGAUUUUACAGCCAAUUUGGUAUACUAGUUGAACACAUUUUUGUGUUGGUGGUACCUUUUUCAUGUCAUAUACUCUCUUUGCUUAAAAAUAAUCAUAUCGUAUUAGUUAUCAUAUAAUCUCAUGUAUUGGAUGUUCUUAGUCAUCCUCUCUUCAUGUGACAUAAUAACAAUUAUCUUGGAUCUCAAAGCUGAGUUUAUGUCUUCUCCUUCCUUCUCUACUGGCGGAGUCCCAAAUUCGAGGAAAAAGUAGACUCAACCAUCCGAUUUGCUGUGGAUCAGAGCCAUGGCGGUCUCAAGGAGGUUCGAGUCAGGCAUUGUACGAAUCAGUCUCUCUCAUAUGUAGCUGAGAGGUGCCCUAAUCUUGAGGUAAUUUCGGCUAAGUAUAGCCCAAAGGUCGCAGUUGAGUCCAUGAGGAAGAUAGCCUUAAACUGUCCUAAGCUUAUAGAACUUGAUAUAAGCUGCUCUUAUGAAAUAUCUUGUAAGUGCAUAGAACUGGUGGGUGCUAAUUGCAAGAAUCUUCAGAUUCUUAAACGGAAUUUGAUGCAUCCUUUUGAGGUCCUUUUGAGGUUGAGAGGGUAAGGCAUUGCACCUAUGCUCAAAAUUUAACCUUCCUGGCACUAGGGAAUGUUGAUGCCUUAUAUAAUUGGGAGAAACAUGCCUCAGUUGAAGCACCUAGAACUUCGAUACUCCACAUUGUCUGAUAGAGGUCUUGCUCAUCUUUGUAAAGAUUGUUCAAAUCUUGAGUAUUUGGACUUGUUUGGGUGAAGGGAAUUGACUACCGAAGGUCUUACUAACCAUACCUCAAGUUUGAAGAAUCUGAAGGAGAUCAAGAAACUAAAUUUUACAACCUUAAUCUAAUAAUUGAAGGCAUAUAGUUUUGUAUUGAUGAUACUAGAUUUUGAAUUAAUGAUACCGUUUGUUAUUUUGAUGGUUG